ACAGGAUCAGACAGAGGAGAAAAAUGGAGGAACCAUCGAGCUGCAUGAGGGGCGCCAGCUGCUGGAUGAGAAGCUGCUGGGGUGGCGAGGAAGAGGAGGAGGAAGAGGAGGACAAGGAGGAGAAGCAGAUGGGAGAAAAGGAUGGAGGACCAGAGGAGGACGACGAUAGUCCAAGGAGCUGCAGGAGCUGGACUUCCAUCCCGCCUUCUAGGGUGGAUCGUGAACCUCCCAACCCAUCCGGGUCCCAGCCUCACUGGUUCCACACUUUGCAGGUCCGAAGGCUCAGGGUUCCACGAGGACGCAGCAACAGCGACCCAAUGAGAGCAGCGACUGAGCAGGAAUGCUUCACCUGGAAAGCGGGUCUGGAGUUUGGAGCAGCCCAGUCAUACCUGAGUCUGGAGAAACUGGGAGAAGGAGCGUUUGCCUCCGUUUACAAAGGCAUCAGCAGGAUCAACGGGCAGCUGGUGGCACUGAAGGUGAUUCGUAUGAAGACUGAGGAGGGCGUCCCGUUCACUGCCAUCAGAGAAGCGUCUCUUCUUAAACAUCUGAAACACGCCAACAUCGUCCUCCUGCAUGACAUCAUCCACACCAGAGAAUCUCUCACCUUGGUCUUUGAAUAUGUGCAGACAGAUCUGGCCCAGUAUAUGACGCAGCAUCCCGGAGGAAUCCACUCUCACAAUGUGCGGAUCUUUAUGUUCCAACUGCUCCGUGCUCUCAACUACAUCCACAGUCGCAGAAUCCUCCACCGAGAUCUGAAGCCCCACAAUCUGCUCAUCAGUCACCUGGGAGAGCUCAAACUGGCCGACUUUGUUCCUGGUGAAGCUCUGCCUUUUGUCCUGGUGUCUCCUGAGAACUGCUAACCUGACUAGUCACUCUGAAAAAGCUCUGCCCAGUGCCAAGCCUCCCAGCUUCGUUUGGACUCUCUCUCUCCAGGCUGUCAGCUCCUGCCUUCAUCUGCAGCCCUGUACCUGUGUAUUCCUGGAUUACUGGUUACAUCACCCACCAUCCCAUCAAACCUGUCAAUAAAAAUCCUUAACUUUAGUCCUGUGUGUGUGGUUCUGGGUUCAUCAAAGACAAAUCUUGACACUCUCCAUCUUGAGACACAUGCAAAUAGUGUACCAAAUGUUUUUUUCUCAACCAGGUAUAUCCGGAUUUUGUUUCAUCAGCUGUGAUACUGAAGAGGGUACACCUUUUAACACUAUUUUCAAAAUAAUUUACGCAGAUUGGACCGGUCUUCUUUAGGAUUCACACCUGUGUGUUUGAUCCAUUUUUCUGCCGCCUG